GGAUAGUGGAGCAGAAGAGGAACCUGGAGCAGGGACUAGAGUGGGCUUCAUCAUAGACCGAGUGACUGAGGCCCCUCCGGGAGAUGGGACCCUAAGACUGACAGGUUACCACAUGAACACUGGACAGGUGGUCCGCACUCGGGGGAGGGGGAUAUCCUGUAUUAUUUCGGCUGUCAGCUCUUCGGUCCAGAUCGGUUCCUUCAUCUUCGGAGAGCAGGAGGCGGUAUUUGAGCAGGUCGCUCCGGAGGAAGAUAUGCUGCUGAUGCUGCGGUUCUAUCAUUGGCCUGGUGGCAGCACAGCCUGGGCCCCCUGGCAGUACCGGAAGAGUCUGCAGCCGCUGCUGGCCACCGAGGAGUGGGCUGUGGCCUGGACCGUGCUUAGACUCACCAGAUCAGCCCAGGACUCAGGAAAAGGUUCUGGCGGCCGCCAUAUUGAAUGGAACACAGGACCCCACGAUCUGCCCCUCUACCACAGUCCGCCGCCCCCCGUGCUCCAGCUUUCUGCUCUUAGGCCGGACAGCUAUGGAGAGAUGUUUGAACCGUACGGUGGCGCCAGACUGCAGCUUUACAUGUUCAGCGCAACACGGCCGGAGUUCCCUUUUCCUGUAGAAUCUCCAGCCACAGACAACAAUGGUGACAGCGUCCUCCCAGAG